AUGUUGUGUUACGAUGGAAAACUUAGCUUUUUUUGCUUUAUCGUCGCUGCUGUAAUCGCGAUUCUACCAGAAGUAUUGUUGAGGUUAGAAUUGAAUGUUCUCCAAGUUGCUGUAAGAGCAGUUUUCUUAGGAUAUGCCUUUGGUAUUGGGAUUAUCAUAUCCUUGAUUGCACCACCUUCGUGGCAAAUGUUCGGAAUGUACAUAACUGUAUUAGCUACGUUUCAUUACACAGAAUUCUUAAGCAUAGCUUGGAUAAAUCCUUGUACUCUGUCUAUUGACAGCUUUAUCUUAAAUCACAGCAUAGCUUACGGAGUGGCAGCAUGCUCUAGUUGGAUAGAAUUUUUUGUAGAAAGACAAUAUUUUCCUGUGAUGAAAGAAUCUUCCUUUAUAUCAUACUUUGGACUAGUAUUAUGUAUUUGUGGAGAAAUUUUGAGGAAAUUGGCAAUGUUUACGGCUAAGCACAAUUUCAACCACAUUGUACAGAGUGAAAAGAUGGAAGAUCAUGAGCUGAUCACUUAUGGGGUUUAUGGUAUUUGCAGACAUCCUAGUUAUGUGGGUUGGUUUUAUUGGUCUCUAGGAACGCAGCUGAUACUUCAAAAUCCAUUCUGUUUUCUUGCAUAUACUAUGGCAUCUUGGAAGUUCUUCCACGAUCGCAUUUUAAUUGAAGAAAUUACUUUGCUUAAUUUCUUUGGACAGGAUUAUGUAGAAUACCAGAAGAAAGUUAGUACAGGACUGCCUUUUAUAUCUGGCUGCAAACUGAAUUUAUAG